AUGGAUGGAUUGUGCUGGAGGGUAGGGGUAGGAGACCAUAUCUCAAUAUGGAAUGAUCACUGGGUGCCGGGAGUGACUGAAGACAGAUUCCAAAACAACAACAGUGGUGAAAGCAUCAAAGUGGUAGCUGACUUAAUAAAUGAAGAAAGUAGAACAUGGAACAGAGAUUUGAUUAUCAGUACCUUUAAUACGGAUAUUACAAGGAAGAUACUGCAGCUUCCGCUUUCAAAGACUAUUCACGAAGACAUCCAAGUAUGGAGAGGAGAGGCAACUGGGAUUUUUUCAGUAAGAAGCACCUAUAAACUAUUACAGGAGUCUACAAUAGAUCCUAAUGAUUAUUUACAGGCCGAUUCUAAAAACUUUUACAGGAAACUGUGGAAUCUACAUAUGCCUUCAAAAAUUAAAAUUACAGUGUGGAAAAUAGCAUGGAAUUACAUUCCUAAUUUUUCUAAUCUUAAGUUGAAAAGAGUAAUGACGGAAAACCGUUGUUCGAGAUGCGGUCAGGAAGAAGAAGAUAGCUUCCACGUCUUCCAGAGCGUAGGGACAAAUGAACAGUGCAUGGGAUUUUGCUGCGAGUUGUGGGGAAUCUGGACAAGUAGGAACAAGCUAAUAUAUGAAGAUAAAUAUAGCACCAGUUGGGAUAUAUCAAAACAAAUUAAAAGCUACAUUUCAAAACUGGAAGGAAUCAAGGAAAGGGUAAUCGCCUUGGAAGUCAGUGCAAGGCCUAGACAGAGUGUACAAGGGGCAAAUAAGUCCAUCUUUUUCGAUGCAGCUUUUGACUCACAGAACCACAGAUCUGCAUCAGGUCUUAUUGUUAAGAAUGAGGAGGGUAGAAUCGUUGAAGAAAAAUCGAUCCUUCAUGACAAUGUUGCAUCUCAGUUUGCAGCAGAAGCACAUGCAGGAUUUCAAGCAACAAGAUUCUAUUUCAUCCCAAGGUCUGAAAAUGUGGAGGCGCAUAAAUUAGCAAAAAGAUCACUACAGAAGGAAGAGGAGCAGUACCUGGUGGGAGAGACUUCACAAUCGAUCUGUGAUGAACUAGAGCCAAAUCGCCUUGGUUAUUCAAAGUCGAAGGAAAGGGGAUAA